CUGUUCUGAACGGAGAGAAGCGCUUCAGCUGCAUAUAGCGGCAUUUCAAGCUUCUCAGUUCAGCUUUUUAACAAUAACGUGUAACUAGCCAUAGCUAUUUGUACUGCUACAUGCAGUGUAUAUGUAAUUAAUUGUAUUUAUAUAUAGCUAAUUGUAUUUACAAUUUUAGAGGGUGUCUAUUUAGCAAGCUGAAAUGACAACCAUGUUGAUGCUUUUGAUGGCCGUAUUGGUCGCAUCAAUUUUUGGCGAGUCCUCCGUUUAUUUCCGAGAAGAAUUUGAAGAUGGGGAUGCAUGGAAAAGCCGAUGGGUGGAAUCCAAACACAAGUCAGAUUAUGGGAAGUUUGUUCAUACUGCUGGGAAAUUCUAUGGUGAUGUAGAGAGAAACAAAGGUCUUCAAACCAGCCAGGAUGCUCGCUUUUACUCUGCAUCCUCCCGCUUUGAGUCCGUCAGCAACAAAGACCAGGCACUGGUAAUCCAGUUCACUGUGAAACAUGAACAGAACAUUGACUGUGGUGGAGGCUACAUCAAGCUGUUCCCAGCUGAUCUCAACCAGGAGGAAAUGCAUGGAGAUUCCACAUACAACAUCAUGUUUGGUCCUGACAUCUGUGGUCCAGGUACUAAGAAAGUUCAUGUGAUCUUCAACUACAAAGGCAAGAAUCACUUAAUCAACAAAGACAUAAGAUGCAAGGAUGAUGAAUAUACCCACCUGUACACACUGAUAGUCAAUCCGGAUAACACCUACGAGGUGAAAAUCGACAACAAGAAAGUUGAGUCUGGAAGCCUAGAGGAGGACUGGGACUUCCUUCCCUCCAAGAAGAUAAAGGACCCUGAUGCUGAGAAGCCAGAUGACUGGGAUGAGAAGGAGAACAUUGAUGAUCCUGAAGACAAGAAACCGGAGGACUGGGAUGUUGCUGAGAACAUCCCUGACCCUGAUGCCAAGAAGCCUGAUGACUGGGAUGAUGAGAUGGAUGGUGAGUGGGAGCCUCCCAUGGUCACGAACCCGGACUAUAAGGGGGAGUGGAAACCCAAACAGAUUGACAAUCCUGCCUACAAGGGGAAAUGGGUGCACCCUGAAAUUGACAACCCAGAGUACACUGCUGACCCUGAAAUCUACCAAUAUGCCAGCAUGGGGGUGAUUGGAUUGGAUUUGUGGCAGGUGAAGUCGGGCACUAUUUUUGACAAUUUCCUCAUCACCAAUGACCCAAAACUUGCAGAAGAAGUUGGGAACGAGACAUGGGGUGCAACAAAGGACCCUGAAAAGAAGAUGAAGGACAGUAUGGAAGAAGAGGAGAGAAAGAAACGUGAGGCAGAAGAGGUGAAUAAAAAGGAGGAAGAUGAAGAUAAAGAGGAGAGGGAGGAGGAUGAGGAAGAAGACUACAAUGAGGAGGAAGAAGAGGAGGCAGAAACAGACUCUAAACUCAAGGAUGAGUUAUAAACUCAAACAGGAACUUCUGGAAAGGAACCCUGUCUACUAUGAGCUAUUGGCGCAAGGCUGGAGAUUGGACUUUAUUGGACGUUCUGUUCGUCAUUGAAGCUGCCCAUUUUAUGUUUUGGUGGGAAGCUAUUGUUUAAAUUAUAUGACAAGGGAAUGGGUACAAACUGAGUAAGGACAGCUUUGUCAAGGUUGGAGAUGUUAGAAAGAUUUUAUCUUUAGAUUUGAUGAGAUGAGCAUUUUCUGGCAGUGAUGUUAUGCCAGCAAUUGUUUUUGAGAAGUUAAAUGUCUCCUCUGUAAACAAAGCUCUACUGCUAACUCUAAAUUGUUUUCUUACUUAAGGAUAUUGACCAUCUACAAUUUCCUGACUUAUCUUUACAGCAAAGUGUUUUGUUGGUCUUAAUAAUCGUACACAUUUUUGUGCCUGUACCCUAAAGGGGUGUGUGUGGCAUUAAGAUGGCACUUCUCUUGUGUAUUGGAUAUGGAUUGAGUCUAAUGCUUUUCUUUUUCUGCAUAUGAUUUUCAACAUAGUGCUGAGUGAUUUACCAGAAAUUUAGAUUUAUUUUUAUUUUUUUGGUUUUCAAACAACUAAGGGACUGACAUAUAUUCAAUUAUUUGAAUUCAAUUAGUUUUUUUUCAUAAUGGGCACAUUGGAGAAACUUCAAAGAUAAAUAUGAUCCUGCCGGCACUGUGCGAUGUAGUAGGGAGUUGUAGUUCCCAACAUUCUGCUACUUCGUUAAAAAAAAAUAAACUACAGUGCGCAUCUACUUAUCGGGUCUGUUUCUUUUACGCCUGCUACGGAAGAGGCAGAAGAAUGCGAGACCGUGAGGGGAUAUAGAAAGCGGCUGUUGCUUUGCGAGGUGUCUACCUGACAAUACAUGAUCUAAGUGAACGUCAUAAAAGUUUGUCUUUACUUUGAACUACAUUUUUUUUAAAAAUGUUUAGAUGGCAUAUGCAGCAGCUAUGUAGACAGAGAAAUUCGUCAAAUAAAACAAAUGUACACAACUGAAA